AUGGCCCUAAAGCUGAGGAGGCUCGACGGGGGCUCUCCUGACGGCCGCUGGAACAUGGAAUCACCAAGAACUCUAAAGAUGAGUCUCACAUGUCAAGUUACAGCCAGCUUCCUUCUGAUUUUCAGCCUUUCCACCAAAGAGAUGGUCUCAACACCAAAAUUCUCCUGGAAUUGCAGCAACGCAACGCUGACGUGCGAGGUCAUGAAAGGCGCAGCGCUUGAGCUAACGCUGCAUCAAAACGGGAAGCGCCUCACCAGCAGCCAACAGAAGGUCAUCAGACACAGGUGGAUCAACGUGAAUGAUCCAUUCAAGUGCACGGCCACUAACAGUGUCAGCAAGGAGUACAAUACGACCACGGUCAGCUGCCCAGAGAGAGGCCUGAAGAUCUAUCUUAUUGCGGGCACCUGUGCUGGAGGCCUCCUCCUGCUGGUCUUUGUGGCACUGCUCAUUGUCUGUAUCAGCAAGAGGAAAAAACAGAACAGGCCAAGAGACGGUGAAGAGCUGGAGAUAAAAGCUUUCAGAACGACCCCAGGGGAAAAACGUCCCAAGCCGCACCAGAUCCCAGCUGCAGCGUCUCAGAAUCCAGCAGCUCCCCAGGCUCCUCCCCCACCUGGCCAUUGUCCCCAGGUGCCGCCUGGCCGUGGACCCUUGCCUCGCAGCCACCGAGUUCAGCAUCCACAGAGGAGGAGGCCUCCUCCACCAGGCACACAGGUUUACCAACAGAAAGGCCCUCCCCUCCCCAGACCUCGAGCUCAACCAAACCCCCCCUGUGACGCAGCAGAGGACGCACCCCCACCUUCCCCUAAUUAA